AUCGUCUGUUUCCGGGAAAAGAAUCGUCCUGUUCCGGUGGGGUCGUCCAGAUGAGCGCCGUACGCAACACCGUGGAGACCGUGAACGCGGCGGCGACGGCGAUAGUUUCUGCUGAGACUCGAGUCCAGCCUACGACAGCCCAGAAGAAAAGAUGGCGAAGCUUGUGGAGUCUAUAUUGGUGUUUUGGAUCUCCUAAACCUAGUAAAAGAAUUGGCCAUGCUGUUCUUGUCCCUGAACCGGUGGUGCUGGGAGCUGCAGUACCUGUCACUGAUAACACAUCCCACUCAAGCUCCAUGCUACUUCCCUUCAUUGCUCCUCCUUCUUCUCCCGCAUCUUUUCUUCAAUCAGAUCCUCCUUCUGCCACCCAAUCACCUGCCGGAUUGCUGUCCCUUACUUCCCUUUCUGUCAAUGGCUAUUCGUCACCCGGUCCGCCCUCAGUUUUUUCUGUUGGCCCUUAUGCUCAUGAGACCCAGCUAGUUUCACCACCUGCGUUUUCUACCUUCACAACCGAACCGUCUACUGCUUCUUACACUCCUCCUCCUGAACCCGUGCAACUGACAACACCUUCAUCGCCUGAAGUGCCCUUUGCUCAACUUUUGACAUCAUCCUUAGCACGCCGAAGGAACAGUGGGAUCAAUCAUAAGUUUGCAUUGUCUCAGUACGAGUACCAGCCUUAUCAACUGUACCACCAAGGAAGCCCAGUUAGCCACCUCAUAUCUCCAGGCUCGGUAGUUUCAAAUUCUGGUACAUCUUCCCCUUUUCCCGGUAAGCCUUCUAUAAUUGAGUUCCGCAUUGGGGAAGUGCCCAAGAUCCUUGGCUUUGAACAUUUCUCCACACGGAGGUGGGGUUCAAGACUAGGCUCUGGAUCAUUGACGCCAGAUGGUGCAGAGCCAGUUUCUCGAGAUAGUUUCCUUCUGGAGAACCAAAUUUCGGAGGUUGCAUCACUUGCCAAUUCAGAGACUGGAUCUCAACACGACAAUGUUACAAUUGAUCACCGAGUGUCAUUCGAGUUAACUGCUGAAGGUGCUGCAGCUUGUUUGGAAAAGGAUACCGUCUUGUCAAUUGAAAACGUGCCAGAACGUUUACCUCCUCAUUUAGCCAGCAAAAGUAGUAGCCAAGAAGCGGCACUUCCAAAGAAAACAGAGGAAUGUUGUAAAUGCUGUGUCGGGCAUGCCCUGAAUGCAACGCAGGGCAAGUCUCUAGGAGAAGGCCACGAGGAGCAGUGCCCCCGAAAGCAUCGUCCCAUCUCAUUCGGGUCAAUCAAAGAGUUCAAUUUCGACAACACAAAGGAGGAAAUCUCAGACAAAACCAACGUCAGCUCCGAGUGGUGGGCCAAUGAAAAGGUCAUCGGAGAAGAGUUGGAGCCUCACAACAACUGGACCUUCUUCCCAGUGCUGCAAUGGGGAGUCAGCUAACAUCGAACUUACGCAUCAACUGCAAAUGGGAAUUUGCUUAAUUUACUACUGCCCCUAGCGCCCACACAAUCAAAUGUAAACUAAAGCAGGGAAAUUUGGGUAUAAAAAUUGAUUGCACCCUUGGACUUAGGGUUUGAUGAUCAGCACUAGCUUAGCUCGAGACAAAGCCUUGUGAUAUACCUAUUCCCUCCUAAAGGAAAUAUUUGUACUGAAUCAUUCAAGUUAGUUUGGUUUAUUUGUCCUCCUGUGAUAUUCAUAAUUUUGCUGUAUACAAUAAACUUUACUGGUAGAUGUAUUACAAAGUCAUUUUGCGUGUAUUUAGAGCAAAGACAGUAUCUUUUCUGCCAGGAAAAAAAUCCCAUUAUUCCAUGUUAGUGUUCAAACAA